AUGUCAAGGUAAGUUUAUGUAAGUCCAGAAAGAAUGACCAUAUAAAAAUUAGAAGAAUAUCCUUCAGCUUUAUAAGAUAUGAAUUUUAAUCAUUGUAAAAGAGUAGUUUGAAUAUUAUUAGCAAGGUUUUAAGAAAUAGAGGCAGAAUUUAAAGCUUUAGAUGUCGAUUAAAGUGGAUGGUUAUCAUUAGCAGAAUUAGAAUAACAUUUAAAAAGGAAAGGUUGUGAUUCAGAAUUAGUAUAGGAAAUCUUUAAUGAUUUAAAUACUAAUUAAGAUUAAAAAAUAUCAAAAGAUGAGUUCGCUCACGGUUACCUGAAUAAAGAGUAAAAUCUUAAAGAUUAAGUUAAAUAAUUAGAAAUUAAAAUUAAACAAUUUAGAACGAGUGAAGAAGAAUCUAAGCAAUAAAUAACUCAAACUAAUCAUUAAUAAUUCAUAAUAACUCUAUAAUCAGGUUGUCUAAAUUAAUUGUAUAGAUAGUAAGAUGAUUUUGUUAAAGCAUCAAAAUAAAUUGAAGUUCUAUUUUAAUGCAAUCAAGCAUCUGAUGGUCAUGAUAGAUUUAGUAAACCAAGUUUGAAUUGUGAAUAUCCAGUUUGGGGUCAUAAAUUUAAUUAUAUACUUCAUGAAGUAUAUUAAAUUGAAAUUACAAUUGAAUUAAUUGAAAUACAUUAACUUCAAAAAAACACAUUAGGCAAAAUUACAGUCCAAAAAAACCUAUAAUCAGAUUUUCAAAUUCAAGAACAAUUAAUUUUUUAAGGAAUUGGUGAAAUUUUAGUUGUCUUUGAAUACAUUAAUAAUUGGGUAUUAAUUAUGUAAUCUCUAUCUAGAAUGAAUAUGUUCAAAUGUAAAUACAAUAUUGUGAAUAGAAUAUCAAUACUCUCCUUGAUUAAAUUAAAUAAAUAAAGCGAAAACUAUAUUUUAUGAAAUAAUUAUACAAUCUUGAUAACAAUAACAAUUUUAAAUAAAAAGAAACAUUAUCACUCUCCAUUUAACCACCUCUUAAGUUAGAUAAUUAAAUAAAUAAAUCCUUUUAAUAAUAAGAAAAUAAAGCAUAGUAUGAUACACAACCUGUUUUUGUUUAAUAAUAAUAAACAUAAUCACAAUAAUUACCAGUUUAAUAAAUUAUUAUUCCAGAAUCUCACUAAGAUUAUUCAAAAUAAGAUGAUUUACCUGAUGCAUUCAAUAUAUUUAAACACACUAUAAGUGAACCUGAAGAUAUUAUUGUUAAUUUAGAUCAUCUAAAUAAUUAAAUGAAAUUUAAACUCAUGAGUAUUUUAGUGGUAUUAAUAACCAUCAAUAUUACUUAUUCAAGAUGUGAUUAUUUAGGAUUGAUGUUAGUACUAUUAAGUAUCCCUUAUUAAAAUAAGAAAUGGAAUCAUUAAUAAUAUUAAGUCUUUACUUAUGGGAUGAUUUUCUCUUUAAUCUUAGAUUUUUACUGGUAUUAUACUAUUAUAUUAAAAGGAUCUUAAAGUUCUCUAAUUGUUUUUCUAAUCUUUAUUAAUGCAAUAAUCAAUAUGGCUUUGCAUUAUCCAUCUACUUUUUUUGUCUAAUUACAUUUCUUGCAAAAAUUUAUGUCCUUUAUAAAGUCCGUUCCUAUUAAUGA